ACUUAUUUAUAUACCGUAUUGUUUUUAUGUCUGUUAGAAAAGCUCGAGGCUUGCUUGGGACCCUCUCAAAUCCACCAUAAUUUGGAUAUGGACCCGUUAUUUGUAAAGCAUUUGACCGGUUUGUCGAGACAAGUGCACUUGUCUGUCUCAGUGUUUAUCGCCCCGCCUCCUCUGGACUCACACACACACACACACACACACACACACUGAAGCUCUAAUAGUGUUUUGCGUAUCUUUCGGGAGAUAUAACUGUAUAUAUCUGACAUCUCCCUCACAGAAGAGACUGACAGGACCGCAGCUGCAAGCAUGUUCACAUAUGGAGGAAUCUCGGCACAGAUCAGUGCUAACAGGCUACAGGCAGAAGGCGUGGGCUCUUUUGAGCAGGCUUUACACUUCCAGAACCAGGACUUUGAGGCACUCAAACAGGAGUGUUUGGAAGGAGGCUACCUGUUUGAAGACCCCUGCUUCCCCGCCGAACCACCCUCUCUAGGCUUCAAAGAACUUGCCCCAAAUUCCUCCAAAACCUGUGGUGUGGAGUGGAUGCGUCCUACGGAGCUCUGUGAUGAUCCUCAGUUCAUUGUGGGUGGAGCCUCACGGACAGACAUCUGUCAAGGAGCUCUGGGUGACUGCUGGCUCCUCGCUGCUAUAGCCUCGCUGACUCUUAAUGAAAGACUCCUCCACAGGGUCAUCCCUCAUGGCCAGACUUUUCAGGAUGACUAUGCUGGAAUCUUCCACUUUCAGUUCUGGCAGUUUGGUGAGUGGGUUGACAUUGUGAUUGAUGAUCGGCUCCCGGUCAGAGACGGAGAGCUCAUGUUUGUCCAUUCAGCAGAGGGAAAUGAGUUCUGGAGUGCCUUGGUUGAAAAAGCCUAUGCUAAGCUAAAUGGCUCUUAUGAAGCUCUCUCUGGAGGAUCCACUACUGAGGGUUUUGAGGAUUUCACCGGAGGGGUUUCAGAGAUGUACGAGCUCCGGAAGGCUCCAAGAGACCUGUACCGAAUCAUCAGCAAAGCCCUGGAGAGAGGCUCCCUGCUGGGCUGCUCUAUUGAUAUCACCAGUGCCUUUGACAUGGAAUCUGUGACGUUCAAGAAACUGGUUAAAGGUCAUGCUUACUCAGUGACUGCUCUCAAACAGGUGGAAUUUAGGGGUCAUACAGAGAGGCUAAUCCGCAUUCGUAACCCAUGGGGUCAGGUCGAAUGGACGGGGGCCUGGAGCGACAACUCCUCUGAAUGGGAUGAAAUUGAUCAGUCUGAGAAGGAUGACUUGCACUUACAAAUGGAGGAUGGAGAGUUCUGGAUGUCGUUCAGUGAGUUUUUGCGGCAGUUCUCCAGGCUGGAGAUUUGUAAUCUGACCCCUGAUGCUCUGAGUGAUGAUGACCUGAGCCACUGGAACACCAUCAAGUUUCACGGUGCCUGGCGGAAAGGCAGUACCGCAGGAGGCUGCCGAAACCAUCCCAACACAUUCUGGAUCAAUCCACAGUAUAAGAUCACAUUGCUGGAGGAAGAUGAUGACCCAGAGGAUGAAGAACUGGCCUGCAGCUUCCUGGUGGCUUUAAUGCAGAAAGACCGCAGACAGUACCGCCGCCACGGACAGGACAUGCACACCAUCGGCUUUGCUAUCUAUGAGAUUCCUGAAGAGUAUGCAGGCUGUCAGAACGUUCACCUUAAAAAGGACUUCUUCCUGACACACUCAUCGUCUGCCCGCUCUGAGACCUUCAUCAACCUGCGAGAGGUGAGCACUCGUCUCCACCUGCCUCCCGGUGAAUACAUCAUCGUCCCCUCCACCUUCGAACCCAGCAAAGAGGCAGAUUUUGUCUUACGAAUCUUCACUGAAAAGCAGUCACAGACAGAGGAGUUGGAUGACGAGAUUUCAGCUGACCUGGAGGAUGAGGCAGAAAUUACAGAGGAUGAUAUUGAUGACUCUUUCAAGUCCUUGUUUGCCCAGCUGGCUGGAGAGGAUAUGGAGAUAUCUGUCCGUGAACUCAGGACUAUUCUCAACAGAGUAGUGUCCAAACAUAAGGAUCUAAAGACAGAUGGCUUCAGCAUGGAGUCCUGCAGAACUAUGGUCAACCUCUUGGAUAAAGAUGGUAGUGCACGGUUGGGUUUAGUAGAGUUUCAGAUCCUCUGGAACAAAGUAAGGAAGUUACUGGGGAUCUUCAGAGAGUUUGAUAUUGAUAAAUCAGGGACUAUGAGCUCUUAUGAGAUGCGUCUGGCUGUAGAAUCAGCAGGCUUUAAGCUCAAUAACAGACUCAACCAGAUUCUUGUAGCCAGAUACGCUGAGAACGAGGUCAUCGAUUUUGAUAACUUUGUCUGCUGCUUGAUCAAACUGGAGACCAUGUUCAGAUCUUUUCAGCAGCUGGACAAAGAUGGAACAGGAACGGCUGAGAUGAACCUAUCUGAGUGGCUCUUCAUGACCAUGUGCGGCUGAGGUAGACCAUUUCAUGAACGUCCAACUCAAGAAGCUGCUGCAAAGUGCCUCAAUGCUGAACUCCUCGUGCAACAAUCCCACUAUAACCUCAUUAGAAUAAAGUGCUACUAGUUUUUUAAAAAUUUAUUUUUCACUCAAUAUUACAUAUUGCAGUUACACUACAAAGAAAACCCCUCUAGUGUGAAACACAAGAAAGAGGACCUCCACUCACCGCUGCUGUAAUGACUGAUGGAAUGGCUGAGAAACAUCAUGUGCAUGGGAUAAAUAUCAAAUGAGCUUCAAGUUUUGUCCUAACAGAAGACCGACCUUUAUUUCAAAAGGCUGUCUAUGAAUGCCAUAGGGGGAAAAAAAUAAAUCACAGCACUGCAUGUUCUCCUAUAAGGUGAACUUAUGCAUCCUAUUAAAAAAGCUUUAGAUGCACAAUG